AGGCCCUGACGGAGAGAAGGGCCUUGGAGCAACGCUAAUUGGAGGAGCAAGCGGCGGGUUUCUCGGGCACAAAGUGUAAGGAGCCUUUUUAUUUAUCUCAUACUCCAAGCUUCCUAUGCCACUGGCCGGGAGGAUUUCAGUGUCCCGGCUCGUUCCUGGCUUCCUAAAGAAAUAUGUGCUAAUUUGUUCUAGUGGUGGUGGAGCACUAGGUACAGUGUUAGGUUCAGUUGUGGGUGCGAUCGGAGCCAACCUCCAAAAUCAGGAAAAGCCCAUACUAACUUGGAGGAUAAGGGAAGCACAAGAAGCAUAAGGAAGAGAAGAAGUAUGAGCACUCGGUGCAGGGGAG